GGAAUUUCUAAUCUAGUCGCGUGGGGGCUUAAAACAGUGGCGAGUGCCUUUCGAGCUGGCGGAGCGAGCGAGCGAUUGGUUGGUCGAUCGAUCAAUCGACAUCUCGAGCAAAGCCUACGAGAGUCGUCCCUGAGGCAGACAGCGCUGCCAAGGCCGAGUCUUUCCUUUGUCUACGCUCUGUGCCCCCAAAGGAGAAGACUCCGAACGCUAUGGCGUCCACAGCUGCUGCUGCGCAGGUCGCCGUGCCAUCGUGCACGGGCCUGAGGGUAUCCUCGUCUUCCGCGAAGGUGUCGUCGGCGAAAUCGACGGCCGUCUCCGUCAAGUCGGUCGCUCCGCGAGCGUCGCUGGAGGCGGCGAAGAAGGUGGCCGGGAAUGCGCUGGUGGCCACAGGCGCCAGCUUGCUUCUGGCUUUCGGCGCGCACGCUGACACUGUCAUUUCCAUGGGAACUGCUGAUGGGCAACUGUUGUUUGAUCCUGCCGCAGUGACGGUGGCUGCAGGUGAGAAGAUCACGUUCAAAAACGUAGGCGGCUUUCCCCACAACAUCGUGUUCGAUGAGGGCCCUGGUAAUGUGGACGCGCUCAGCCACGAUGAUCUCUUCAACGCGGCAGGCGAAGAAUACUCCAUCACGCUCACGGAGAAGGGAAACUAUGAGUACUACUGCGAACCUCACUCCGGCGUCAUGAGGGGUAAGAUCACCGUCAGCUAGAGAGAGAGAGAGAGAGAGAGAGAGAGAGAGAGAGAGAGAGAGAGAGAGAGAGAGAGAGAGAGAGNGAGAGAGAGAGAGAGAGAGAGAGAGAGAGAGAGAGAGAGAGAGAGAGAGAGAGAGAGAGAGAGAGACAUAUAUAAUGGAAGGGUAGACGGAGAGGGAGACAGGGAGUUAGGUAGAUAGGUAGAGUGAGUAGAUAUAUAAUAUGUAUAUUUAGUUCGUGUUUGUGUGUCGUCAUAUGAUAUUCGCUAUGCACAAACUCCACAAAGAAAAGCAUUACUGUGCUAGACUGUUGCCACGCACAGAGAGAGAGAGAGAGAGAGAGAGAGAGAGAGAGAGGGUUGGCGGUUGGAUGGUUGUCCAGAGUGUCUUGGGCUUGGAAUACACGUCUCGCGGUCUCCUUUUGAAUGCUACGGCAGUCGCGCCUCCAGUAGGCUGCAUGGAGUGUUAGGCUGCGGUCUCCAGGUGAGACUUCCUCCCCAUUUUCGUUGUCGUUUGGGCGCUACCCGUCUUCGGCCGCGAUGGGAUCUUUAUCCAUGAACAGCGGACGGGGCUGAAAUAAGAAGGUCGAAUGGCGAGAGAGCCGUGGCGGAAAGCAGAACUUUGAAGGUCAGGAAAAGGGGAGCGGAACAAAGGAGAGGGAAAAGGAGGAGCAAGCGCGUAUGCAUGCAUGCAUGCAAGCCCGCCGGAGCUCGUUGCGUGCGAGAGAGAAUCAUUGUGUAAUGUUACAUAUUAGCCUCCUGAUCUUGACGAGUCAGCGAAAGUCACCUCCGAUCAAUUCCACCUGUUUGUCCCAGCCACCAUUUGUGCUUGCUGCAUUGCGGCAUGCUAUACAGUAUAUAUCGUGGUGACCGUCUUGCAUUCUGGGCUUCAUGGGUUUCUCUUUCCUUGUUGCUAUUUACAGGCCUUCUUCUUCCUCCUCCUCUUCUUCUUCUUCUUCUUCUUCUUCUUCUUCUUCUUCUUCUUCUUCUUCGUCGUCGUCGUCGUCGUCGUCGUCGUCGUCGUCCUCCUCCGCCUCCUCUUCGUCUACUUCUUCUUCUUCUUCGUGGCCCUGUUAAAUUACGGUACCUGUCUUAAAUGAUAUUCAAUUUGUGGUUUUGCGCACUCUCCGACAGAACGAAAACGAGUAGUAAAGAAUGGAGAGCUAAACAAGUGGGGGGAAAAAAGAAAGGUACAGUAAUUGGGAAUCCGUCAAACUAUAGAAAGAAACAGAGGAGAUUAGCGUGACCCUUGCGAAGUGAGCACAAAGCAAAUAAGGCAAUCAUUUAUGUGCAAUUCAAAACAAAACGGGGACGACAUGUGGCGGAGACAGAUUUAUGCCGACUGUGUGAGUGUGGAUUGCAUAUUUCCUACCGCUGUGAUUGUGUGUCCACUGCGGGCUCUUUUGGCUGCUGAGGGCGUCGUGAGUGACCUGACAGUCUGUGCAGUCAGACGUCUGCGGUGGGGGUGGAUACUUACAGAGCCUCGCUCCACUAGUGUCCACUGUACGACUUUUUUAUUAUUAUUAUUUUUCUUUAAUUUGGUAAGGUUAGCAUUUAUUCCAGCGGCCUAUAGAAUUUGAGAAAUCUGAAUUUGAUCUAAAUAACCUUUGACAGCCGCAAAAUUAACAACAACUUGCUCAGGCACGCAAGCGGCAUUCAGGAGGUCUUGGGGGGUUCAAUCCCCAUUGGCCGCAUGUACCUUCCUGGGGAAACUUGGCGCCUGCCACCGCGAGAUGCCGUUGGCCCCCCCGAGUGGCAUUGAGCAGAGACCGUAGCGGGAGGGGACCGGAGGGGAGGCACAGUGACUGGGCCAUAGAAACAAGCUCGGUCCUGAUGCUACCGGCUGA